AUGAACGUCAAGAUCGUUAACGUACCCGUGAAAGAUAAAUCUGGUCAACCUACAGAAAGCGACGGCAAACCUAUCCUUCGAAGCACACUGGUAUCGAACAAGGAUAUCAAAGCGGGUGACGUGCUAUACAUGGAAAAAGCUGUUGUUGCGACACUAGAUUUUGAUCUUCAGAAUCUACGCACUCAUUGUACGCACUGUCUUCGACGGAUAGAUGCCCCUAUUUCGGUCCCCGAUGAUCCGCUGGAUGCCACCUACUGCUCCAAAGGAUGCCAAGUAGCCUCCAAGAUUCAAUCCCAAAAUGUACUUUUCGGGCUCGACCCUCCUCUUCCUUCAAACUCCGAGGAGCCAGAAAAGCCAAAGACAGAAGCGGAACUAGUUGAGCGCAGGAAAUCACAGGAAGAGUUCGUCGAGACGUUACGCAAGACUGGUGCAACGCGGGCACUACUUGUCGCUCGUUUCAUUGCAUGCAUGGUAGCUGAACAAAGCGCCAAGCUUGGUGCUGCAGUUAGCCCUUCGUCCAAGAACUCGUCACCGGCUGAUUUGUUCGGCUUGCCUGAGCCUGAAGGAGACUCUAAUACCUAUUCGUUCUACGAUCAUGUAGAACGACUCAAGUACCUCGAGAUUACCGAAACGCCAAUCGAGAUCGAAGAAGUGAAUGCUUUGAAAAAAGCAAUGAAGAAUGCUAUGGAAGGACUAGAGGAAUUUGUUGGGGAUAGGUAUCCAUUGCUGAAAGGAAAAAUGGCAUAUAAUGCAAUUGGGCCUCCGGUUACCGUACGACCAGAAGAUAUUGAACGCACUCGUACACCAAGUGGAACGUCUCGGCAAACCGGCUCUGCAUUUUAUCGGGUUUCCUCAUACCUCGCACAUUCAUGUGCUCCGAACGUAGCACCUUCUUUCCAUACCGGAACUUCCGAUUUGCAUCUUGUAGCCAAUGAGAAUAUCACAUCCGGCACUGAACUCACGAUGGCAUAUGUUGACGUGAACCAAGGCCCAACUGAGACAAGACUCGAAGCCAGAAGGAGGCGAAGGCAAGAGCUUGCAAGGGGAUGGCGCUUUGCGUGUGAGUGUUCCAAGUGCUUGAAGGAAGUUGAGGAGGGGAUUUUGGAAGAAGACAAAAAGGCGGAAGGGGAUGCCGCGGUCAAGGAGGACCUAGAAUUGGGCUCGGAGGCCAAGCUGGAGGAUGCGGUCCGCCGGUAUGAAUCUGGCGAGAAACCAACUCCGGAAGUCGACGUUGAAUGA